GCGAAUGUGCAUGUUUGGUUUUUGAAGGUGUUUCUGCAGUCACUCCGUGGACCACCUUCAGAAGUCCUACAGAACAGAUGUGAACAAAACCCAAUCCGAUCUGGCACCCUUGCCAUUACAACGUGGUUGUACCAGGGUCAUCCCUAACAGAUUUUUUUCCCACUUGGUCUUCUGCAAAAAUGGAUUAUCAGUCUCCUUGGGCACUGCAACUCUAUUUUCAUCAUUGCAUUUCUAUCUUUACCAUUGGAGAAAUUUUCUUUAAGCCUAGACUGAAUUUCUCCUACUUUUUCUGGGAUUUAGACCCCUGACUUGUCCUUUCAGAGGACAUGUAGGACAAUUAUUCCUUUCCACUUCACUGUAGCCUUUAACAUGUUUCAAGGCUCUUCUCAUAGACUGUUCCCCAGGUGAGCUAGUCCCCUCAGCUCUCCAGCUUAACUUCAUCCUUAUUUCUGAACUCCCUCUAGUUUGCCAUUAUUUUCCCUAAAGUGCCAGCCACAAUGCACUUCAAUCUGCAGACCUCCAGCUCAGUCCUUUGCCCCUGCACUUCACAUUCAUCCUACCUGAGGGUGUUCCACUGAACAAGCAAUUCUGAGAGUAUGAUUUGCUCAGAAACUUUAAUCUGCUAACAAGUUUUAUAAAUGACAAGAAAGCAAGCAAUCAGAUUUGCUUGGAAAGAUCUACCCCUGAUAAUGUGAUGCUUUCUGGACAUGUCACAUUCUGCCUGCAAGGUCCUGCUGGAAAACAGCAAUUAAUCUGGCUGAGAGAUGGGUUGCACCCCUGGGAAACAGAAACCCUAGUGCCUCUCCUUCCUGAGGCGAAGGUGACGUGGGCAACUGGACCUCAAAAGCAUGGGACUAUUGAAACCACAUGUAAAGUGGAGCUCUUUGAAGACUGAUCUUAAGCAAACUGUUGUGCAUCAUCCAAGACCCCUUUGUGAGACCUCGUCUGUGUGACUCUAACCAGGCACAGCCAAGAAAGGUGCUUUAAAGGAAGGUGUAAAGAGGAAAACUGCUUGUGCGACGAGGAGCAGAACUCUGGUCUUGUGAAAGGGGACAAAGGAGCAGAGGCUCUUUCGCUUAGCAAAUGUCAGGCUGGAUUGUGUGGCUUUAUAGACACACUGGGGUGCAAAUAGCAGGGAGGGAAAAGUGUAAUCAGAUUUAAUUUCAGAGGUGAUAGAAACUGGAUGGGAUCACACUGAGAGAGGAAAGUAGAGGUAAUUUCCCAGCUGCUGGAGCAGGGUGGAGGGUUGGAGCCAUCUUCCAGCAGAUGCAUGAAAGCAAAAUAUCCUAGGAUGCUGACUAUCAGUUUUCCUGGAUAAGGUAAGCUGUCACACCUAAAGCAACAGGCACUCGGCUCUGUGAUCCAGAAAGUCCUUUUCAGCUCCAUCUUUCUAGAUACAGAGCAAGACAAAUGGGAGCUGAAUAUGGUAAAUCGAAUAGUCGGUGCUGAUGGAGGCUUUAAAAAUUCUCCUGCAGGUCUGGAAUAAAACUUCCAUCAUCUGAGGUUUACUUACUUCCACGUCUCAUGGUGGUACGUGGAGGAAGAACAAGGAUUCUACUAACUCUUCUCUGCCCAUUUUGAUGUAGGAACUAUGGGUCCUCAACGACACUAGCAAAUGUCAGGCUCACAAGAAAGGGAAGGGGUUAUUUCACAAAAGGUGCCAUUAGUUUGUGAAACUCCUUGCUAAAAGAUGGUGUGGGUGCUAAAAUUUUGCACAGAAGAGGCUAGAUGGGUUUCUGGGCUAGGGUUAAUUAAAAUGGAGAAAACACAUCCAGUCUAGGAAGUCCCUGAGCUUUAAAUUGUUGGAAGCUGGGAAAGUACACAGGAAAAGUGUCAUGGUAUGUUUCCUUUCUCAUAGUCUUCCCUAAGGGUCUGCUUUUGAUGCUGGACAUAGGAUCUGAGGCUGGAUGGACCUUUGGUGUGACCGAGGGUAUGGCUGUCCUUGUGUGCCUGGGCUCUCCUCACUUAGGCUCCUGCAGUGACCACCAUGCCCCACGCGCACCCCACCAACACCUCGCUGUCGGAGCUGCACCUGACAGGCAUCCCGGGGCUGCAGCACCUGCACCACUGGAUCUCCGUCCCCUUCUGCAUCAUGUACCUUGUCACACUGGCUGGGAACAGCACCCUCCUGUGCGUGAUAAAGGCUGAUCCCAGUCUGCACCUGCCCAUGUUCCUCUUCCUGUCCAUGCUGGCAGUCAUUGACCUGGUGAUGUCCACCUCCAUUACCCCAAAAAUGCUGGGCAUCUUCUGGUUUCACUCCACUGCCAUCAGCCUGGAUGCUUGUCUUACCCAGAUGUACUUUGUUCAUGCUUUCUCUGUGAUGGAGUCGGGGGUGCUGGUGGCAAUGGCCUUCGACCGCUACGUGGCCAUCUGCAAUCCACUGCGGUAUUUGUCCAUCCUGACCUGCCCUGUUGUGGCUGCCAUUGGCUUGGCUACCCUGCUCAGGGCUGUGGUUUUCAUGAGCCCCCUCACUUUCCAGAUUCACCGCCUGCCUCUCUGCAGCCCAGCAGUCGUGGACCACUCGUACUGUGAGCACAUGGCCGUGCUCAAACUGGCGUGCAGAGAUGCUGCCUUCAGCAACACCUACAGCCUCUCCAUCUCCACCUACGUGGGCAGCUUCGACUCGCUGCUCAUCGCCCUCUCUUACGCACUCAUCCUCCGAGCUGUACUCAGCCUCUCCUCCCCACAAGCCCGCAGAAAAGCCUUCAGCACCUGCAGCUCACAUCUCUGCCUCAUAGCCCUCUUCUACAUCCCUGGGCUGCUCUCCAUGUACAUGGAGAGGUACCAUCAGGAGCUCCCACCCCACAUCCAGGUCCUGUUGGCUGAUAUCUACCUCCUCAUCCCGCCGGCAUUCAACCCCCUGAUCUAUGGCAUCAGGACAAAGCAGAUUCGUGAUGGAGUGUGCAAGGUGAUCUCCCAGAGACCCACAGCAGGACGGAUUGGGCCUGGCCUUCAGGGCACAGGGCUGGGACUCAUGAAGACGAAGUCCGUUCCCUAGAAUGGCCAAAACCUCUUCUGGACCUUGGUGCGGCUCUCAGUGUAUGUUCAGAGCCGCAGGUGCCCCAGGAAACAUUGGCACCCACUGAACUCAGGUCAGUACCAAGGGCUUCAGCAGGUUGUUCUCCUGCCGGUCCCUAGCCCAAGGCAGUGAUAUUGGCACGGCACCUCUGGGUGGUCCAGUUCCCUCAGAUCUCCCAACAUAAAUAAGGAUUGCAGGCACCACCUGAUCUUGUUCUGGCAAAAUGACGUAGCGCAGCUGAACCACAGAAAACAGCUGUUUCCUUAAUAUACCACUUUAUGUGCAGCAGAGCCAUGCCAAGGGGUGUAAGAGACAUGGGAUCACAGGACCACGGGAUAACUCAGGCUGCAACGGACCUCAGGAGGUCUCUAGUCCAACCUCCUGGUCAAUGCAGGGUCACCUACAAGGUCAGACCAGGUUGCUGAGAACAUCCCCUCCCUCUCGGUGAAGGUCUGUCAGCCCUGGGGAGCAGGUACCCACACACAGUCACCACCAUUCUGAAGGCACAAACACAGAGCACACUUUAUCUAUCUCUCACCAAAGUUAAUCCCCUGAACACCUCUCUGACUCUCCCCUGUCUCUGUUCCCCACCCCUACAGAGGGGCUACACCAGAGCAUCAGUUCAGUAGCAUCCAGUUGACAUCUCCUUGAUGACUUCUUCAUGCUCUGACAGGUAAAGUCACCCCAGUGGAAGUGGCAGUUGGUCCCUCUGCACAGGAGAAGUGCCGUGGAGGCUAGCACAGACAGCUGAGGGAUUCAACAAACAUAAAAGUUUUUUGUAAUGGUUCUGAGUGGAGAGAAGAGUGGAAAGCCAGAGUUUCCAAACCAUCUUGCUCUCUCUGGCAAAAACAAAAGGAUUUUUCUCCACUUCAGAUAGACUUCUUUUAGUUUACAUUUUGCACAUUGGUCUCAUGGGCAGCCAGCAGCCUCUGGAGACAGACAUAACCCUGAGACCUCAACGGUAUGACACUACAAGGGAG